CAGUAAAUCAGCGUGGCAGAACGCAAAUCUUUAUUCUGAAAAAAUAAAAAUAAAUUUUUUUUUUCUCUACGGCCACUAAUUAUUCCUUGCCAAUGUUGCCGGUUGUCAGAUUAUCGGCGGCGAAAAUGGCAAACAACGUCAACGUGGACGGUUGCGGUCAGUUUCCGACGAUGCUGGUCACAAACGACGACGGAAUCGACGCAUCAGGCCUCCGUUAUCUCGUCCGCGUCCUCGUCUCCGCCAAUCGCUAACGAGUCUUCGUCUGCGCUCCUGAUUCCUUGGCAUGGAUUUCCUUUGGGUGUUAGAGAAUUAUCAACUAUUGUUCUGGUUGGCUCAUCUUGGUUGGCAAGCAGAAUGCCUAUUCAAUCCUCAACCUGGUGACCUUACAGUCUUAGUGGAAGACAUGACGUGGAGAGAGUACCAAGCUUUAGGAGACAUGCUUCAUGCUAAAAAUGAUGUUCUAGUAGACCUGACUGUCUGUGGAGGAAGGCUCUUCUGCCACACCUCGAUAAGUGGCAUUAAAGUUGAUAUUGAAAACUUUUUUAAUAAUGAAGCUGCCAAUUAAGCUUCUUACUUUCUUCAAACUGUUCCCAAUACCCAAUGAAUCAGGCAAUCGCUUAUUUGUUGUUUGUAUUACAGGAAGAUUCGCAAAAAGGGUGGAUUGGGGAUUUUACAGGUUUGUACCCACUGCUCUGGAGGUUUCAAGAUUAAAUUUCUCAAGGGAGGUAUGGGAAAAGAUGGACAUGCUAGAGAACAGAGCUUUCUUCAUAGGUGAUAAAUAUCAAUUCUCUUGUCAUUCUGCCAACCUAUAAUUGAAAAAAACAAUGCAUCUUUUUUCUAUUAUGCAUAUUUUUUCUAUUUCAACAUAUAAACAUAAGACAAUUUUGGUCCCAAUACCACUGUCCAAUAUAGAAAACACCAAAUA